GGCAUCCAUUCGACUCGCAAAACUCGUGUGAACGAGCGUUCGGGGAAAAUAGUUGAAAAAUAGCGCGAUCAUGGAUAGUGGCGCGAAGCAAGCCUUCAUCGUCCUCCUCGUCUGCCUCGAGACCAUUCUCGUGAACGCCGCGCCCGAUUGGGUGCCGCCCGAGGUGUUCGACAUGGUGGCGGAGGACAAGGCACGGUGCAUGGGCGAGCACGGAACGACGCAAGCGCAAAUCGACGACGUGGACAAAGGGAACCUGGUGAACGAGCCGUCCAUCACUUGCUACAUGUAUUGCCUGCUGGAGGCGUUCAGCUUGGUGGACGACGAUGCCAACGUGGACGAGGACAUGAUGUUGGGUCUGUUGCCGGAUCAUCUUCAGGAAAGGGCUCAGUCGAUCAUGGGCAAAUGUCUUCCAACGUCCGGCUCCGACAAUUGCAACAAGAUAUACAAUCUCGCCAAAUGCGUCCAGGAAUCUGCACCGGACGUAUGGUUCGUUAUCUAAGGGCGUGACGAGAAGAGACUAUUUCUGGGAUCGAGGGAAAAUUAAGAACAGGCUGAACAGGAAAAACGGUUACGUGAACGGCUAUUUGCGAUGGUAAACGCGAGGGAAGGAAGAUUAAAAAAAAAAAAAAAAAAAAAGAAGAGAGAAAGAGAAGAAAAAAAGUCUCGAGUCAUCAAAAUAUAAGAAAUAAAAAGUGUGUAAUAUACAAAUACUCGUUUCGAACGCACGCGAGGAAAAUCGCGGCCAAUGCUGACAAUAACCGGAAUAAAAGAGAUUAAACGUGUAAUAAUGUACGUGAGAAAGUGAAAAAUAUACGAAUAGCCGAGUGAACGAUUCCUCCUUCGAAUAAUCAAACAAGAAUUUCUCCAAGUUGU